AUGCUCACCUCCCAGAUCUUUUCUGUUGUCGUCUCAGUUUCUGGGCCUAAAGUAGUCACCUCGCCAGAGCCAAUUUCUGUGUUCGGCGUGGCAGUGCCUAAGUCAGGGCCUAGUGUUGUAUCUGACGUGAGAGGCGUUGUGCUGGCUGAUGCCUCCAGGUGUGCCAGGUGUUCCAGGAGUACCAAUUCCUCCUACACCUCCAGGUGUUCCAGGUAUUCCUGGUCCUCCUACACUUCCAGGUGUUCCUGGUGUACCAGGUGUUCCAGGUAUUCCUGGUCCUACAACAACUCCAGGUGUUCCUGGUCCUCCAACACCUCCAGGUGUUCCAGGUGUACCAGGUGUUCCAGAUAUUCCUGGACCUCCAACGCUGCCGGGUGUUCCAGGUGUACCAGGUGUUCCAGGUAUUCCUGGUCCUACAACAACUACAGGUGUUCCUGGUCCCCCAACACCUCCAGGUGUUCCAGGUGUACCAGGUGUUCCAGGUAUUCCUGGUCCUCCAAUGCUGCCGGGUGUUCCAGGUGUUCCAGGUAUCCCUGGUCCUCCAAUGCUGCCAGGUGUUCCUGGUCCUCCAAUGACUCCAGGUGUUCCAGGUGUUCCUGGUCCUCCAAUGACUCCAGGUGUUCCAGGUGUUCCUGGUCCUCCAAUGACUCCAGGUGUUCCUGGUCCUCCGAUGACUCCAGGUGUUCCAGGUGUUCCUGGUCCUCCAAUGACUCCAGGUGUUCCAGGUGUUCCUGGUCCUCCAAUGACUCCAGGUGUUCCAGGUGUUCCUGGUCCUCCAAUGACUCCAGGUGUUCCAGGUGUUCCAGGUGUUCCUGGUCCUCCAAUGACUCCAGGUGUUCCAGGUGUUCCUGGUACUCCAAUGACUCCAGGUGUUCCAGGUGUUCCAGGUGUUCCUGGUCCUCCAAUGACUCCAGGUGUUCCAGGUGUUCCAGGUGUUCCUGGUACUCCAAUGACUCCAGGUGUUCCAGGCGUUCCUGGUCCUCCAGUGACUCCAGGUGUUCCGGGUCCUCCAAUGACUCCAGGUGUUCCGGGUCCUCCAAUGACUCCAGGUGUUCCUGGUCCUCCAAUGACUCCAGGUGUUCCUGGUCCUCCAAUGACUCCAGGUGUUCCAGGUGUUCCUGGUCCUCCAAUGACACCAGGUGUUCCAGGUGUUCCAGGUGUUCCUGGUCCUCCAAUGACACCAGGUGUUCCAGGUGUUCCUGGUCCUCCAAUGACUCCAGGUGUUCCAGGUGUUCCUGGUCCUCCAAUGACUCCAGGUCUUCCAGGUGUUCCUGGUCCUCCAAUGGCACCAGGUGUUCCUGGUGUUCCGGGUCCUCCAAUGACUCCAGGUGUUCCAGGUGUUCCUGGUCCUCCAAUGACACCAGGUGUUCCAGGUGUUCCUGGUCCUCCAAUGACUCCAGGUGUUCCUGGUCCUCCAAUGACACCAGGUGUUCCAGGUGUUCCUGGUCCUCCAAUGACACCAGGUGUUCCAGGUGUUCCUGGUCCUCCAAUGACACCAGGUGUUCCAGGUGUUCCUGGUGUUCCUGGUCCUCCAAUGACACCAGGUGUUCCAGGUGUUCCUGGUCCUCCAAUGACUCCAGGUGUUCCUGGUGUUCCUGGUAUUCCUGGUCCUCCAAUGACUCCAGGUGUUCCUGGUGUUCCUGGUCCUCCAAUGACUCCAGAUGUUCCUGGUGUUCCUGGUAUUCCUGGUCCUCCAAUGACUCCAGGUGUUCCAGGUGUUCCUGGUCCUCCAAUGACUCCAGGUGUUCCUGGUGUUCCUGGUCCUCCAAUGACUCCAGGUGUUCCAGGUGUUCCUGGUCCUCCAAUGACUCCAGGUGUUCCAGGUGUUCCUGGUCCUCCAAUGACUCCAGGUGUUCCAGGUGUUCCUGGUCCUCCAAUGACUCCAGGUGUUCCAGGUGUUCCAGGUGUUCCUGGUCCUCCAAUGACUCCAGGUGUUCCAGGUGUUCCUGGUCCUCCAAUGACUCCAGGUGUUCCAGGUGUCCCAGGUGUUCCUGGUCCUCCAAUGACACCAGGUGUUCCAGGUGUCCCAGGUGUUCCUGGUCCUCCAAUGACUCCAGAUGUUCCUGGUCCUCCAAUGACUCCAGGUGUCCCAGGUGUUCCUGGUCCUCCAACAACUCCAGGUGUUCCUGGUCCUUCAAUGACUCCAGGCGUUCCAGGUGUCCCAGGUGUUCCUGGUCCUCCAAUGACUCCAGGUGUUCCAGGUGUUCCUGGUCCUCCAAUGACUCCAGGUGUUCCGGGUGUUCCUGGUGUUCCUGGUCCUCCAAUGACUCCAGGUGUUCCAGGUGUUCCUGGUCCUCCAAUGACUCCAGGUGUUCCAGGUGUUCCAGGCGUUCCUGGUCCUCCAAUGACACCAGGUGUUCCAGGUGUUCCUGGUCCUCCAAUGACUCCAGGUGUUCCUGGUGUUCCUGGUCCUCCUAUGACUCCAGGUGUUCCAGGUGUUCCUGGUGUUCCUGGUCCUCCAAUGACACCAGGUGUUCCAGGUGUUCCUGGUCCUCCAAUGACUCCAGGUGUUCCAGGUAUUCCUGGUGUUCCUGGUCCUCCAAUGACUCCAGGUGUUCCAGGUGUUCCUGGUCCUCCAAUGACUCCAGGUGUUCCAGGUGUUCCUGGUCCUCCAAUGACUCCAGGUGUUCCAGGUGUUCCUGGUCCUCCAAUGACACCAGGUGUUCCAGGUGUUCCUGGUCCUCCAAUGACUCCAGGUGUUCCUGGUCCUCCAAUGACACCAGGUGUUCCAGGUGUUCCUGGUGUUCCUGGUCCUCCAAUGACACCAGGUGUUCCAGGUGUUCCUGGUGUUCCUGGUCCUCCAAUGACACCAGGUGUUCCAGGUGUUCCUGGUGUUCCUGGUCCUCCAAUGACACCAGGUGUUCCUGGUCCUCCAGUGACUCCAGGUGUUCCUGGUGUUCCUGGUCCUCCAAUGACUCCAGGUGUUCCAGGUGUUCCUGGUCCUCCAAUGACUCCAGGUGUUCCAGGUGUUCCUUGUCCUCCAAUAACACCAGGUGUUCCAGGUGUUCCUGGUGUUCCUGGUCCUCCAAUGACACCAGGUGUUCCAGGUGUUCCUGGUCCUCCAAUGGCACCAGGUGUUCCAGGUGUUCCUGGUCCUCCAAUGACUCCAGGUGUUCCAGGUGUUCCUGGUCCUCCAAUGACACCAGGUGUUCCAGGUGUUCCUGGUCCUCCAAUGACUCCAGGUGUUCCAGGUGUUCCAGGUGUUCCUGGUCCUCCAAUGACACCAGGUGUUCCAGGUGUUCCAGGUGUUCCUGGUCCUCCAAUGACACCAGGUGUUCCUGGUGUUCCUGGUCCUCCAAUGACUCCAGGUGUUCCAGGUGUUCCUGGUCCUCCAAUGACUCCAGGUGUUCCAGGUGUUCCUGGUCCUCCAAUGACUCCAGGUGUUCCAGGUGUUCCUGGUCCUCCAAUGACUCCAGGUGUUCCAGGUGUUCCUGGUCCUCCAAUGACUCCAGGUGUUCCAGGUGUUCCUGGUCCUCCAAUGACUCCAGGUGUUCCUGGUGUUCCUGGUCCUCCAACGACUCCAGGUGUUCCUGGUCCUCCAAUGGCUCCAGGUGUUCCUGGUGUUCCUGGUCCUCCAAUGACUCCCGGUGUUCCUGGCGUUCCUGGUCCUCCAAUGACUCCAGGUGUUCCUGGUCCUCCAAUGACUCCAGGUAUUCCUGGUCCUCCAAUGACUCCAGGUGUUCCUGGUCCUCCAAUGACUCCAGGUGUUCCUGGUCCUCCAAUGACUCCAGGUGUUCCUGGUCCUCCAAUUACUCCAGGUGUUCCAGGUGUUCCUGGUGUACCUGCUCCUCCAGUCGUUCCAGGUAUUCCUUGUCCUCCAACGCCUCCUGGUGUUCCUGGUCCUCCAACGCUUCCUGGUAUUCCUGGUGUUCCUGGUCCUCCAACGCCUCCUGGUAUUCCUGGUACUCCUGGUGUUCCUGGUCCUCCAACGCCUCCUGGUAUUCCUGGUACUCCUGGUGUUCCUGGUCCUCCAACGCCUCCUGGUAUUCCUGGUCCUCCAAUGGCUCCUGGUAUUCCUGGUACUCCAGGUGUUCCAGCUCCUCCAACGCCCCCUGGUCCUCCAACGCCUCCAGUACCGCCAAUGCCUCCUGGCCCUACGGGUCCUGGUCCUGCAAUGCCCCCUGGUAUUCCUGGUACUCCAGGUGUUCCUGGUCCUCCAACGCCUCCUGGUAUUCCUGGUACUCCAGGUGUUCCAGAUCCUCCAACGCCUCCUGGUAUUCCUGGUCCUCCAACGCCUCCUGGUAUUCCUGGUCCUCCAGCGCCUCCUGGUAUUCCUGGUACCCCAGGUGUUCCUGGUCCUCCAAUGCCUCCUGGCCAUACGGGUCCUGGUCCUCCAACGCUUCCUGGAAUUCCUGGUACUCCAGGUGUUCCUGGUCCUCCAAUGCUUCCUGGUAUUCCUGGUAUUCCAGGUGUUCCUGGUCCUCCAAUGCUUCCUGGUACUCCAGGUGUUCCUGGUCCUCCAACGCCUCCUGGUAUUCCUGGAACUCCUGGUGUUCCUGGUCCUCCAACGCCUCCUGGUAUUCCUGGAACUCCUGGUGUUCCUGGUCCUCCAACGCCUCCAGUACCUCCAAUGCCUCCUGGUGUUCCUGGUCCUGUAACGCCUCCUGGUACCGCUACCUGGUGCCUCCUGUCCUCCAACGCCACCAGUCCUCCUGUCCCUCCACCGCUACCGGUGCCUCCUGUACCUCCAACGCCACCGGUGCCUCCUGUACCUCCAACGCCACCGGUGCCUCCUGUACCUCCACCGCUACCGGUGCCUCCUGUACCUCCACCGCUACCGGUGCCUCCUGUACCUCCACCGCUACCGGUGCCUCCUGUACCUCCACCGCUACCGGUGCCUCCUGUACCUCCACCGCUACCGGUGCCUCCUGUACCUCCAACGCCACCGGUGCCUCCUGUACCUCCACCGCUACCGGUGCCUCCUGUACCUCCAACGCCACCGGUGCCUCCUGUACCUCCAACGCCACCGGUGCCUCCUGUACCUCCACCGCUACCGGUGCCUCCUGUACCUCCAACGCCACCGGUGCCUCCUGUACCUCCGGUACUUCCAGUACCUCCAGUACCCCCGGUUCCUCCGACACCCCCAGUGCUUCCGGUACCCCCUGGACCGUCCACGCCCGGUGGUUCAGGGAGGGGCAGGUUGGCCAUGGCACCUGA